UAUAGCUUUAUUAUCUAGAUAUAAAAAUGGGUGUGGAGGAAGUGGAUUGGGAGCUUUUGAACGGAAUAGAUCCGUCCCAGCUAGAUGAUGAAACUGUGGAUCAGGUUUACUCUGCUUUGAGUAGUUGGGAUCCAGGCCCGGAGAACCAGGAGAACCAAGAAAAUAUUCGAACUGCUUUUAAACUUAUCCAGGGAGUUAUGAAAUGGAAACAUGAGGAGGUCGAGGAGGCUGUAGAGCAGCUGGAGGACAUGGAGAGGAUGAGGGAGGAGAAGGAGGAGCUGGAGAGGGAGGUUGGAAGGAUGAGGGAGGGGACGGGGGAGGCGGGAAGGUUAGAAGAACUACUUGAAGUGGAGAGAGAACUAAACCAAGCAAAUAAAACAAUUCAACAACAGGAAAGGGCAGCUGAUGAGCUGAGAGUGGAGGUUGAGAGGGCGGAGAAUAGAGCUGAGAAGGCGGAGAAGCAGGUUGAAAAGCUCCGCCGUGAAAAGGAGCAGCUAGGACAGGAGCUGGAACAAACUAAAGAAGCUGCUGAUAAAGAAACAGCUUCAGUUGAUUUACCAGACGAGGAGGUUGAUACAAGAAGAGUUGUUGAGCUGGAGGACACUGUGAGGCUGAAAAAUAAACAAAUCCAUCAACUCCUCGAGGACAUAGAACUCAUAGAACAGGACAACACCAGGCUACAGGACAAACUAGAGGACACAAGGGAUAAGCUAGAGGACGGGACACGGACGCUUCUGGAUAGUUUACAGGAGGACAACAUGAUGUUGAGAACACAAUUAGAGGACCAGUUUAAGGACAGGACUGCCAGGGACAAGCAGAUAGAGCUCAUCAGUAUACAGGUUGAUGAGAAGGUGAAUGAAUUGAAGGAUGUUUGUGAAAGCAAGGAUGCUGAGAUAGCGGAGCUGAGAGCGCGAUUAAACCGCGCUACUUUAUCUAGAGAGACUACAACACUCACACAACAUGAUAGGGAGAAUAUAUCCGUAUUAACUAAAGCUCUGGCAGAACGGGAAAGUCAAAUAGAAAACUUAGAAGAAAAACUUACCCAAGCAUCUCAGCAGCUUGAGAGUACAGCAAGAUAUGUAGAAGAGUUAAAGGGAACUAACUCCAAGAAAGGAGUUGACCCUUUAAAGAAGAAUUUCAUGGAGGCUAAAGCUGAACUGUUCCAGACUCAGGAGAGGAUGAAGGAUUUAGAGGACAAGGUGAUGGAGGCCGAGGAGUCAGCCAAGGAGAAGGCUGAAGAGCUCUCCGAGCUCAUUGUGAGGCUACGAAAAUAUGAGAACGGAGAGUAUGGACUUCAUGAAGCAGUAGCAGAGGUUCAAUCUUUGCGAAAACAAUCUAAAUUUAAAGACAAGCGUAUUGAAGAGCUGACCCAACAAGCAAACUCUUUUCAAUAUGAAGCUAGUCAACUAAAAGAGGAAAAUAAUGAACUUCGGCAGCAGCUUGGGAUUGAACUUCGCGAAACUGGAUCAGUUUCCUUAGAUCUGAACAGGGUUCAGACUAAAAGUCCGAAUGGGAAUCACACAGAGCGAGCACUAAUGCAGGUUCUGCAUAGAGAGAUAGAACGACUGGAAGAGGAGAGAAUCCAAUUAAAAACUGAAAAUAGGAAACUAGCUCAGCAGCUGGGUCAGCGAGCUGCUAAACUAGGUCUAGAUGCUGGAGAUCUACAGGCUAUACAGGAAUAUACAGAGGCAUUGAAGAAUAGAAGGAUUGGCAUGACAGGGUUAGAUGGAAGUGAUCCAAUGCAUGUGAUUAAGAUGCAUGAAGGAGGACUGAUCAUGCAACGAGAUCUGGAGGAUAAGAAAACUGAAACUGAAGAACUCAAAACUAAACUAAGUGAACAGAAGAUGAGAUUUAAAGAGAUCUAUGAUGAGAAUGACAAACUCCGGCUUGGAAUGCAUGAAAUACUUGAAUCAAUUAAAAACCAGGAUGGUACAAGCGAUGUGAUGGUAUCAUCACCAGUUCUUGAGAAUCUUCUCAACAUACUUGAUUCAAGACAUUUGUUUGGAGAAUACAAACCAGCAAUGGGUUUAAAAUCUAAACUGGAAAAGCUGGAAGGAAUGAAUGCCCAACUGAGAGAAGAACUACGUAAAACUCGACUCAACGAAGAUAAAGCCAAUGUCCAGGUUCAAAGAUUUAAAUCUAAGAUUCAGCAGCAAGAUAUGGAAUUGAACGCUAUCAAGCACGGAAACAUGAUUGGGAAUCCGUUACCUAACCAGACAAUUAUAGCACCUCAGACACAAGCUGUUCCUCAAGUAACAACCCAGAUAUCAAUAGGAGCAGCGGAAAACCUUGCUAAGCUGAACAGUCAAUUAGUUCAUGUUUUAGAUGAACUUGAUUAUAAAACAAAAGCAUUUAACGCAUUAACAACUGACUUGGAGAAGAUUCAUCAAGAGUAUGAGAUGUGUAAGCAUCAGCUAGGUUUACUUUAUGAUGAACAUUUUGAUGCUCAGUCUAGAUGGACGGAAGAGAAGGAGGAGAAUGAAAUGAAGAUCCACGGGCUCGAAGAAGUUAGAGACGCCUAUGCUGCCAAGAUAACAGAGUAUGAAAAUCACUUGAAUCUGUUUGAUACAGAUGAAGAUACAAUCAAAAAUAAGAUUUCUGAAACCGCACGGAAAAUAGGAUUAUUACGAUCUAAUGAAGCAAUUAUGACUCGUAGAUACAAAGCUGUCGAAAAUCAGGAGAAGGUUCUUAGAUCUGAAAAUAUGAGACUAAAAACAGAACUUAUAGAACUGGAAAACCAUGCAACUAAAACCAUCGGAGAACUGAAACGGAGUAAGGAAUUUAAUACAUUUAAAAUUAAAUCCUUCCAGAAAUGUUUAGAAGAUACUGUUCCUCUCUCCUCUAUCCAAUCAGCUAACCGACAGUAUAAUGAGAUAACAGCCAAAUAUAGAGAUAUCCUACAAAAACAGCAAUCUCACUCUAUGCAGUCCAGAACUAUUGAAGAACUUGAACUUCAAGUCCAGGCAAAUAAACAGGAGAAGGAGAUGUUCAAAAAAGAACUUCUUUCUGCAAAAGAAAAGAUUCUCUCUAUGGAGACAUUAAUAAAUUGUCUAGGAGGGUCUAAGACUGAAAAAGGUUCUGAAAAUAGUGUUGAAAUGGAAAGGCUAACAAAGCAGAUUGCAACAUUGGAGAUUAAAGAACUAAAUGAGAGGCAGAAAGCAGAUCACAUGCAGAAUCAGUACAGACUGAUGCAAAGUCAAAACAAACAAUUAGAACAAAGAAACAAUGAACUUGAAGAAAAGUUUGAUCUUGUGACUAAAUCAAACAUUGAGCUGCAAAAGAUUGAACGAGAACUUAGAGACGAAAUCGUAACGAGCAUUCCUCAAAGUCAGUUUAAGGAAACUGAAGAAAAACUAAACUCUUUACUGGAAGCUGAAAUGGCGUUGAAAAUUGAAAAUGAAAAAUUAAGAGAGGUUGCUGACGUUGCCCAAAAUCAAGUCAGUGACUUUGAAAGAAGAAAGGAGGACCAAAUCCAUGAGCUAGAAACACUCCGUCAUCAAGUCCUUGAUCUUCAAUCAAAGACAGAUGAAAAAGCUUUGAUUGGUAGACUGCAUCAACAGUUGAUGUCCAUGCAAACUAAAGAUUCUGCAUCAAUUCAAAAGAUUAAAUCUCUGCAAAAGAUGAUUCAAAAAAUGGAAUCCACAUUGUUAAAAGCAGAGAAUAGGGCAGAAAACAUGGAACAACUCAUGAUAAAAGUACGAAGUCAGUAUAGCGUCAAACUAAGAUCUCUUCAAAAAAUAAUUCAAGACUUGAGAAGACAGUACAGUGGUUCUAUACCAUUGCUUAAACAAGAGAAGUUAUCUCAUAACCUUGUAGAAAUGAACAUGGAAAAACAGAAGAUUAGUAUUCUACUUUAUGAAACAGAAAAUAAGCUGAAGAAAAUGGAAAUAGACAAGGCUGAGAUGGAAAUCAAAAGGCAGGGAGUGGAGGAAAUAUUAAAAACAUUAAAGCAAGGAUCAGGCACAAAGCAAAUACUAGAAUGGCAUUCAAAGCUUGAGGAUUUGAGACUUAAGGAACUACAUGCAAGGAGGAACAAGGAACAGCUAGAGAAGGAGGUUGUAGGUUUAAGAGAGUCAACUCAAGAAAUCAGGAACAGAAAUGAACAGUUAGAGGAAGAGAUGGUCAAAAUGGAAUCACUGAUGGAGCAAAGACAGCUGGAGUGGGAGACCCACGAGGUUGAACUCGAGAAAAUUGACAUUCAUAAUCUUAGAAUUGAGAUAGGAGAUAUAAAUAUCGGAGACUCUUUAAACCUUCCUAAUUCUGAAGUACCCCUGGCUCAACAGCUAGAUUCAGCAUUAGGAAGGAAUAAAAAUCUAAUGCAGCAAAUAAAUGUUCUCAAAAAGAAAGUUCAAGAUUCUAGAACUGCAUUUGAAGAAUUAACAAAGAAAAACAGAGAACUUGAAAAUCAAAACCUGGCUAAAGAAAGGAUGAUAAAUGAUCUAAGACUGGAGAUGCCUGCCUCCGUGGACAGGGCCAUUGCUGUAACAUCUGUAAUAGGACAGCCUGGAAUACCAUCUGCCUGUGUUCCACAGCUUAACAACUACCAUACUCUUUCCAUAGCGCAGGGGACAAUUGAGAGCCUCAGGGAAAGAUUAAAAGCCAAGGAAGAAACAAUUUCAAAAUAUGAAGAGUUAUUAAAUCAAUCCAGUUUGGAGCAUGAGGAGUCCCUCAAGUGUAAACAGGAAGAGAUAAUUGCUUUAAACAAUAGAAUUCGAGAACAUCAGGCGUCAUAUAAUGAGUUGAGAGGUAGCAGGAUGACGGAGGACUUGACCUCCUCUGCAACUGUGCACAAGUAUGUGUCUAGAACACAAGAGCUUGAGGAUGAAGUUCAUGAUCUUCAAGAUUCUCUUGGUAACCUUACUUCACAACUUAACAAUGCGAAAUCUGAAUUAGCAAAGUUGCAGAAAAUGUUAGAAAUGAAAAUAUCAGAAAUUAAUAGUUUAAAAGAUGUGAAACUAGCUGAAAAUACUGAACAAAAUCAGACUCUUCAACGAGAAAAUGAAAGGCUCUCCAAUGAAAUAAGAACCUAUCAACAGGAACUAGCAAUUGUUCAGGAAGAUAUGCAGGUUUUGAAAGAAACACAAUCCAAGGCUCCUUCCACCAUAAUGAAGUCUCUAGUUGAUCGUUUAAGAUUUGAUCUAUCUGAGAAAGAGAAAAAACAGAAAGCAUUGAGCAAAGUGAUCACAGAGCUGAGAAAUGAGAUGAUGAAUUCAGCACAAGAAAACAUAAAGAGUACUGAUGCUCACAAUUCUAGUCACAUUCAAGAUAUUGUUCUUAAAGAAACAAAAUCCUACCAGACAAAGAUGGCUGAACAAAUACAACUGAUUGACAAAUUAAAGCGCCAAAUAAAACAGUACAAAGAAUCCGAAAUAAAAUCAGCGGGAGAGAUUAACCGCUUGAAAGAACAAGUUGAAAAAAAAACAUCUUUAAUCCUGAAGUUAAGAGAAGAAAAAGUAGCUCAGCCGAGUGGAUCUUUAAGAUCAACUCAAAGAAAGAGCAUCGAGGAUGAAAAAGAAGAACUUCAAAAUCAGGUUGAAGUUCUUGAAAAAAAGCUUCGGCUUAUGAACCAUGCUGAGAAACCAUUUGAGGAUGACAAAGAGUCAAAAGUUAUUAAAAACAUAGAAGAAGUGGCACGUUGGGAUGAAAAAAAGAAAUGGCAGAAGAAGAUUGAGGAUUUCAAGAAGAAGCUGAAAGAGGCAGAUGAGGAAGUAUCUAAAAUAUCAAAACAAAAUGACAGUCUUAGGGAGACUGUAUCUCGGCUGGACAGAGAAAAAUUCCAGGUUGAACAGAAAUGGAAGAACAGUCUGAAACUAGGAACAGCUAAAUCCUCUGCUGUGGACAGUAAGGUCCAGGCACUACAACUUGAGAAUGAUCAGCUUAAAGACAAGGUGUCUGCUCUCGAGCAUAAGACAGCUAUGGAACAAGAUCCAGGUGUAGAAACUCUAAAGCUUAGAAUAAAGUUCCUUCAAGAAAGGGUUGAGCAGCAGGAGAAAAAGAUUUCUCUUCUUGAAAUAGCAAAGAAAGGUGGUAGAGAGGCACUAAUGAAAGAAAUAGACAUUUUACGAAAAAAAGAAGCAGUGUACCAUAAGACUAAAGGGAAGUUAGAAGAAAACAAUAUGGAGAUGAAGAUAAUAGUUGAAUCUACCCAACACAACAUGAUUAUUCUAAAAGAGGAAUCUGAAGAGCUUUCAAAUAUAACAAUGGCUUUAAGAAUAGAGCUUUCAAACUCAAACCUAAUCAGCCGACUUGAAAAGUGUUCGGAGCAAAUCAAUCAAAUAGUUUCAAAAACUUCUGGAACUGGAAAAGUUUCAAAAGUUCUGAAAAGUCCUUCAAAAAUGCCAAAAUUACCUGAAAAAGAGAAAAGACGUUUAUCCGCAGAUGCUGAAAAAUUGAAUUCUGAAUUGGAACAGUUGAGAGAUAAAAACUCAUCAUUAUUGGAAACUUUGGAAAUAAAAGAGCGGAAAAUCGCUGAGCUAGGACUUCUCAUGAAAGAAUUAGAGAGAAAUUUUAAAUCAGGAGAAGAGGUGAAUACAGAGCAGCCAAAUCAUCUGGCAGAAAUAAGAAAACUAGAAAUUGAUUUGAAACGUAAAUCUGAUCUUCUCUCUGAAGUCAAGGUUUUGUUAAGACAGGCAGCUGAGAAAGAGAGAGAUCAGGAAAAAGAGAAAGAAAAUAUCAGAUCUCAAUUAAAAACAAUUCUGGAGAUUGACCCUAAGACCCCGAGUGAGAGCCUGGCAAAAGAAUUGCGUCAAUGUCGGUUGACGCAGGAGAGGUUAACUUGCGAGAACAAGGAGCUCAAGCAUCAAAUACGCAUUCUCAACCAAAAUGCGUAAAACGAGAAGAUAUGGGUAUUGUGUGAAUAAGAAAGAAAAUUUUAAAAAAAAUUUAAAUAUUGUUUUGUAUUUUGAUUUUAUUAUUAUAUAUCUA